GUGCUGGAACUCUCCUCUUUGUGAACAGGUGGCGCUUUUAACAGUAGCGGGCUGAUUCGGGGACUAUCAGUGGACUAGGAGAGACGGUGUGGAAAGACAGAGGGUGAAGCAGAAUAGUGGAGAAGAGGCUGUAGAAAAAGCUCGGACUCAGGAAGAAGACACCACCAGUUGCAUGAGUCCCAUCCUGCCCCACUUGUCAGACCUCGCCUCCCAUUUCAUCAACUCCUUGUCCCCUCUCCUCUCUGGAGCCAUGCACCCUCAGCGCCCUCUUCCCCAAGCCAUGCCUGCUACUUCUUCAUCCUCCUCGCUGGGGCAGCAGCUGCGAGACAUGGCCACGGGUCUGGGACGUGGCAAGAACUUCUUGGGUGGGAACGUCGCCUACGGAUUUGUGCAGUCUCUUAAGGAGUGUCUCUACUUCCUGCUGUGCUGCUGGUGCAUCAAGGAGAUCCUGGACUGAAGGUGCUCAUGGAGUGGGUUGCCCGUUUGUCACUAUUGAAGCCGAUGAUUGAUUCUUUUUUAAAAGAUGGAGUGUUUGAAAAGGGAUGCUGGCAAAAAAAAAAACAAUGGAUUCGCUUCUUGGCUUGAUUAUCUGUGAUUUGGAGGGCUAUACAGGGACAAACACACUGUGGCGUCAUAAUAAAGGAUUUCAUCCAUAGUACAUUUUAUUUUUUUGUUUGAUUCCACAAAGUAGGCCUUAGGUGACAAAAUACA